AUGGUCAGCAUACCCAGCAAGAAGCGGAUCUGCAAGAGGAAUUCCUUGUCGUUUGCCAUCCAGAUGAAAGAAGACGAGCCAUCUCCCGACGACACCAGGAGGUCGGAGAGCGCGGGUUCCGACGAGGCCGUCAGGUAAGAUUGAUGCCGCCAGCAGCGUCCAGUGCCAAGCUUACAGAUGAAUGCAGCCAAGCAUCGCAGAAUCGUGUCAAUCAGACACAUACGAGAACUCAGAACUUUUCCAAACCCCUCGACAAAUUCAAGAGCCGUUCCGAAUUGGCGACAGAAAUUGAAGGAAAUUGGUCAGAAAUCAAGUCUGUCAGCCAACAGAGCGCCCUGUGCGAUGAUUUUCCGUUCAUCGAGCCCAAUCAUGGCGUUCUCCUUCUUGCAGGUAUAAUGCACAUGUACUUCGACAAUCCGGCAACUGGCUGCCGCGAGAUUGCGGUUGAUCCUGCAGAUGUCAACAGACCAGAAGUCAUUGCGGCCAUCACCAGCGCCGCCACAGAGAUAUCGUAUGAAGUAGCAUGUGGGCGGAAGACAAGAGAGCGCUAG